AUGUGGUGGACAGGCUGGGACGUGAUUGAAAUGAAGCUGCAAUGUAUCCAUAGAGCAAAGGGAAUGCAUACCUCAAAGUGGGAUGCUCAUAGUAAUGCUGAAAAUAAAGUACAAGUUUUAGUACAACCUGGAUUCGUAGCAGCAGAAGCGGAGCAGUCCCAUGCAGAGGCAGUGAGAUCUUGUAAUGCGCAAGUACCUCCACUUGAAGUGAUGGCAGUAAUUGCACAAGGAAAACAAGCGACAGGAGCAUGCUUGUCUAAAGGAUUAGCGGGUGAAAUUACUGGAGACGCCGAAGCAACGAAAAGAAAAAUCGAGAGAACCAAGAAAAGUUUGAGACCCAUUGGAAUCUAA